ACUGGGGGGAUUAGAGACUCGGAACGCUUGACCACGAAAAACUUGACUUGCACCCACACAACUGCCACUGCUGUGAUAGUAUUUGGGUCACGAGUCAAUGCUCAAUCAGUACUCUAAUCGAUUGUUAUCUCUCCAGGCGAGAUGUAACAGCUCCAAAACCCUUCUUCCUCUCCACGACUUCAUCACCAUGACGACUCCAUGCUAGCAAUCGUUCAUCCAUAUUCCUUGGAAUCUGAGCUUGAUUUUCUAAGAAACGGAUGAAACCCACACACUCUGAUCCGAGCAGCAUCUCUCCCUCGUGUUGAAAGAGUUCUUUUGAACGAGUAUUGCAGAUUACUGUGCAUAAUCCAAGUUAGGGUUCCAAUCUCAUCUGACGAGAGAGUCCCAUUGAUGGUGAUCACGCUCUAGUUCAAUUACGAAGGUGUUUAAUUGGGACUCGUAGCUAUGGCAGACGGCGACAACAAUGAGUCUCCCCAGUCGCACCACGACUUGCCCCUUUACAAGCAGGGCGCCGAAGCUCGUGUAUACGAGAGCACAUUUUUGGGAAAGAGAGCGAUUGUCAAGGAGCGGUUCUCGAAAAAGUAUCGACACCCCGUACUGGAUGUGAAGCUCACUCAGAAGCGUCUUACUGGGGAGGCCCGCACUUUAACAAAGGCACGCAAACUAGGGGUCGUGACUCCGGCAUUGUACGCGGUGAACCUGAUGACCAAUUCGUUAACGUUCGAAUUUGUUGAAGGGCCUUUGGUGAAGGAUAUCUUGCUGCGGUCGGGACCUCUUCCAACUUCUGAUGAUAAAAUAGAGGAAUUAGCAGGCCACAUUGGCCGAGCAAUCGCCAAAUUGCACGAUGGGGGCCUCAUACAUGGAGACUUGACCACCUCCAACAUGAUCGUUUGUGCCAAAACUAACCGACUGGUUCUCAUCGAUUUCGGUUUGGGUUAUAAUUCAACACUGCCAGAAGAUAAGGCGGUAGAUCUAUAUGUGCUUGAACGUGCAUGUGUUGCCAUGCAUUCAUCUGUUGGGGAUUUUAAUGGACUCAUAUUAGCAGCAUACAACAAAGCUUCCAAGUAUUGGAGUUCUACUUACAACAAACUUGCUGCUGUGCGUUUACGGGGAAGAAAGCGAGUCAUGGUUGGCUAAGCCCAUGUUUAGGGAAGAGAAAGUAGCUGCUUUGCUGAUAUGAAAUAAGUCGCUCUAAUUUCGUUGAAGGUUUAUUACUCAGUCUGUACAUUACACCAAUAUCAUUCACGGCCAUUGGCCUCUCUUGCAAGGCCUUUUAUGCUUUCUUGCACAGGAAGAGAAAUCAGCGGGUUUUUUGAAUUGCAGUUGGGGUCUCAAGUUUUUAGCUUAAUGAAUCUGGCAGGCACCAUUGUAGCCCAUUACUAUC